AUGUUACUUACUACCGAGCCUACCGAGUCAACCUUUCUUUUUACCUCCGAGUCUGUCGGCGAAGGGCACCCUGAUAAAGUUUGCGAUCAGAUCGCAGAUGCCAUUCUCGAUGCGUGUUUACAACAAGAUCCUCUCUCAAAAGUCGCCAUUGAAGCCGCCGCUCGUCCCGGCCUGAUAUUCGUAUUCGGUGUUCUGGACACUCAGGCCCAAAUCGACAUUGAAGCCAUUGUACGUGUGGUCCUUAAGGAUAUUGGAUAUGAAAGCCCUGAGCAGGAACUUGACUACAAAACCUGCCAAGUGAUGGACCAUGUUGAGCGCCGAGCUGCUCCAGAUUUUGCUGCGCCAUCAGUCUUUCUGAGUCCCACAGAUACCGAAGCAGCUGGAGAUCAGGGUAUAAUCUUUGGCUAUGCAUCUAAUGAAACUUCUCAAUCGCUGCCAUUGACUAUCGAUCUGUCGCAUCGUAUUACUCGACAAAUGAAAGCUGCUCGUCUGGAUGGGACUCUGCCCUGGUUACUCCCAGACACCAAGACACAAGUCACUGUCGAGUAUGUCAGGCGCAAAAAUGGUGAAAUCAACCCAUUGCGAGUACACACCAUUGUGCUCACAGCACAACAUACAAAGGAUGUUACGGUUGAGGAGUUGCGUCAGGAGGUCUUUGAGAAGGUUAUCUGCAAAGCCGUUCCCGCGAAAUUUCUAGAUGAGCAGACCGCUUACCACAUUCAACCUACUGGAGACUUGGGGGUGACUCCCUCUGGCAAAUUUGCCGGUGUCACGGGCCGAAAGAUCGUGGUCGAUACAUACGGCGGAUGGGGAGCCCAUGGUGGCGGUGCCUUUUCCGGUAAAGAUUAUCGUCAGGUCGAUCGCUCCGCAGCAUACAUGGCACGAUGGAUUGCGAAGUCAAUCAUUCAUGCCGGUCUCGCAGACCGGUGUCUCAUUCAGCUGUCGUACUCGAUCGGCAUUUCCGAGCCUCUGAGUAUUUUUGUCGAGACCUACGGCACAGGCAAGACAACUGAUCUGCAAUUGGAACGAAUCGUAUCGGAGAACUUUGACAUGCGACCUGCUUCCAUUGCGAAAAAAUUGGGGUUGACAAGCCCCAUUUACUAUCAGACAUCCAAGAAUGGCCAUUUUACCAACCCAGGAUUUCCAUGGGAGAAGCCCAAGGAUCUGGUCUUGUAG